AUGUCCUCCCACCUUGCUGCCGUCUCCCUCGCCAAAGGCCAACCCUUUGAGGUUCAAGCCCGUCCAACUCCAAAGCCAGGUCCAGGCGAGCUCCUCAUAGCCGUCAAGUCCGUAGCCCUCAACCCGGCAGAUAACCACAUGCGCAACCACGGCCUGUUCAUACCCACUUACCCCACGGUCAUCGGCUUCGACAUCUCGGGCUUGGUCCUCGAAGUCGGCGACGAUGUGCCCACCGACAUUACGGAUGGCGAUAGCGGUCUCUCCUUUCUGCCAGGGAUCACCCGCGUAGCCGCCUACGCGGCCUCGUACUGGAAAUCAUGCGACCCGGACUACGGCGCCUUCCAGGAGCGGUGCCUUGUCCCCUGGCAACACGCCGUGCCCAUUCCCGACGCGAGCCUCUCUUGGAACCACGCAGCAACCUUGCCUGUGGCAGCCGAGGUGCCUCUGAGGGCGUGGGAUGUUUUUGGGUUCCCUCGCCCUGGCAGCAAUAGAGGAGCAGAUAAAGUCCGGAAAUCAGAAGCCCUUCUGAUCUGGGGCGCCUCCUCCAGCGUCGGCACCAUGGGUGUACAGAGCGCACGGCUGAUGCGCGAAGACCCAGAAAACCCCUUCGGUGCUGUGUACGCCACGGCCGGCUCGGCGAAUAAGGAGUAUGUGGCAUCUUUGGGCGCGGACCGCGUCUUCGACUACAAAGACCCAGGAGUGGUGGAUGCGAUAGUUUCUGCCGCCAGGGAGGACGGGUUGGUGAUCUGGCACUGCUUUCUUGCCGUGGGGCAAUUGGCGCCGUGCCAGGACGUGCUCAAGGCCUUCGUUGGAGAUGCUAACGAGAUUGAGAAGAAGAGAAAGGGGAAGAUUGCGUCCGCGCCUAUCGUGCCCCCGGAUGCUGACGUGAUCGAUGGAAUGGAGACCAUUUUCAUAAUGCCGUCGUUGGAGGAAGGGGUGAGGUUGGAGGAAUUCCGGUAUUGGAUGGGCACUUGGCUAAGGAAGAACCUGGCCAAGGGGGUUAUCAGGCCGAGCCCGGAGCCGAUGGUCGUGGGGAAGGGAUUGGGAUCUAUCAAUGCCGGGUUGGAUAUGCUGCUCCAGGGACUUACCGGCCGUCGCUUGUCUUCGAGAUUUCAGAAUCCUGGGCGAAACGAUGCUACCGGGCCGCCGACAAGCUCGACCACCAUCUCUUCCAUCCUGCGUGCUCUUCGGUAA